AUGCUUCCCAUGCUGGUUCACUAUUGUGAUAAUUGCUCCUACAAUACUCCUGUCGAGUACUCUUCCACUGCCUGGAUUGAAGAGCAAGCCUGCAACUACUGCGGUGUACGUUCGCUUGGAGCAGAUACCGCCGGUCAAAGCAAAGGCGCCAUGAAUUCCGCCCAGCAUGACGAGCUAGCACAGCUCUUUGCUCAAAACAUGCACGUCUCGCAUGUUCCUCAACAUCAACCUCCCGUCCAGCAAUUCGUGCAGGUUUCCGAGAAACAACCCGAGCAACCCGCUCCCAUCCACUUCAUCUCCAGCCACUACACUCAAUCCGCUCACAUCCGAGCCGAAACCCAGUCGGAGCCAUCACGGAGUCCUCCACCUCCCUACAACGAAACUUUCAUCCCCGAAGCGAUGGCCCAAAUCCUUCUCCAAAAUUCCAUAGACCCCAACGCGCUCCUUCCAAACCAAAUCGAACUCUUCCGAAACGCUGACUACGAGCAGAGACUCCGCCUCCUCGAACUCUGGCGCAUUUCCCCUCCUUCCUAUCCCCAGCGAUCUCUCCAGCCCGUCCCCACGAGCGUGGAGCGCGAGGAAGUCGAGGCCCGGGCGAGGUACGAGGAGCAGAUGCGCAUGCAGGCUCGAGCUUUCAACCGCCAUCAAGCGGAGAUGGAAGACACGCAUGUUCCCUUGCAUCAUUUGAGCAGUGCAGGGGAUGCGGAACCUUAUAUGUUAAAUGGGUAUGGUGCCGUGUCGCAGCGUGCGAUUGAUCCGGUGUAUGCUGCGGGUGGAUUGUGGCAGGCGCCGAGUUAUGCUGCCAAGGAGCAGGGGAUUGGGAUGGAGGAUCAGUAUGGGAUGUACGAGCAGAUUCGAAAUCAUGCGGAUUGGGAGCGAAUGAAUGGACAGCGAUUUGGAGGCGAUGAUGAGAUGGUUAUGUGA